AUGCCCAAACCAACCCCUUUAGCUGAACUGGGAUGGCCCAGCACGCAGCUGGUCCCAAUGCCUCUGCACCAAGAGGCAGUUAUAAGGAAAGAGACCUCCCUUCCUCCCCGUGCUGGGAAUGGGGUGCACCAGCUCGAGGAGCGGUUAUCCAGGCAGGAAAGGACCAUGGCUCUUCUCCUUGAGCAGGCUGCCCACAUCAAGGAUGACCUGGUCUCCCACCUCCAAGGGCCUCGAGGGGAGCAGCAAGGGGACACAGCUGCCCAGCAGCUCCUGCAAAGUCAUGUCCAGGCCGUCAUGGGCGCAGUCAAGCAGCUCUGCCGAGAUGUUGAGGUUUUGGAAAUGCAGAUAAGGACCAGAGAUAAUGCUACACUAGAAAGUAACUUUGCUCUUCAAAGUCUGGACCGUAAAUAUAUUCAAGGUUUUGGAGACCUACGUGGAAGAGUAGCAAGGUGUGAAGCAAGCAUUGCCAAAUUAGCAGGAGACAUCAAUACCAUCAAGCACGAGGCUCACAAAACUGAUAAAGAGAUUUACGGUGUGCGCUCUGCCCUUGAAAAGUGUGUUAGUGAUUUUGAGAAGAAGGUAAUGCAGCUAUUAGGGAAGAUAAAGACUUCCAGCUCUGAUCAAAGCUCAAAUUUAAAGACAGUCCAGGGAGAUCCAUUCCAAAUACCCAGACAAGCCAAUCCUGAUGCCCACAGGCAUCACCCUCUCUCGGCAUCUCAUGUGCAGCUGCAUCCCACCCUGGGCACCCCAUCUGAGCUGCACCGUGUGGGCCAUCCCACCUCUUCCAAUGAACCCAUAAGCAUCAACACAAUGUUGGCAAGUACUCUAAAUGACUUCAAAGCUCAAAUACAGACUCAGCAGAAGUGGACAGAGAUGCAGCUGUCGAGGUACGAGCAAGACCAAGCCUACCACAGGAGUCAGCUGCUUCACUCAGUGAAGGAGCGACUGGAAACAGCAGAAAAGAGACUAGAAGAGAAGAUUCUGCUUCUCUCUCUGAAGCUGGAAAGAGCAAAUAGGUCGCACAAGUAUGAAAAGCAGUUGGAUCAGAUGAAGAAUGAUGAGAAAGCCCUGCAGGCAAGAAUCACUAUGUUGGAAAGACAGGUCUGGAACGAGCUGGAGGAAGUCCAACGUGAGUAUAGAUCAGGAUUUCAGUCCAUUCGUGAGUCUCUGGAACUGCUCAGACAAAUACAGAACACAAAGCUGAAACUUGAGAAAAAGAAAAUUCGGAAGGACAUGACAAACAUAUGA